AUGAACAAAGUUUUGAAAUCUCAUAACCACAACAUCUCCGAUAUAAAUGAACUUCAAACUACAUUAGACAGUAAAGCCGACAAGAACCAUACACAUAAAUCCUUCACUACUGUUAGAGCAGACGAUAUAAUACUGAACUAUACCCUCGGUUCAAGUACACCUUCAGAGAAUCCGAGUACAAGCGUAAAAGAUACACUUAACAAUUUAGAUAACUAUUGCAGGAACAUUGAUCAAUAUGCCAGAAACUUUGAAGCAUACACACUACCAACGAUGUUGGACAAGAAAGCCGACAAGAACCAUACACAUGAAGAAUUUCAAACAAUCAAGAUUAAAGAAAUUAAGGCAUGCAUCGAAAUAGUAACAAAAACAGGAAGAAACGGUGCAACUGUACAAGAACAAAGAAUUUAUCCUCCUACUUUUCCUAAUGGUUUAAUAACAAACAAUAUAAAUAUUGUAGAAGGCAAUAAAGCUAUAAACGUUAAACAUGAACUUCUAACAAUGAAGGCCCAGAUUCUUCAAACCAUAUAUCCUGUUGGUUCUAUUUAUACGUCAAUGAAUUCAACAAAUCCAGCAACAGUUUUAGGUUUUGGUACGUGGAAGCAGAUUGUAGAUAAAUUCUUAUACUGUGCUAAAUAUUCAAAGCAAACAGGAGGUUCGAAGAAAAUUAAAGAAGCAAACUUACCUGCGCACACUCAUACAGGAACGACAAACUUUUCUGGCGAUCAUAGCCACUCAUUAAGAGACCACCCAUUAUACAACUCAGAGUAUGAAGCUGGCCAUGACGUUUUAUCUCCAUCUUAUAACAAUGCAGCAAAAAAGAUUUUUUGA